AUGUAUGUUAAAAUUGAAACGGAGAGAUUAACAUUCAUCAGGUUGAAUCAAACCAAACUCCGAUCUGAAGAGUAUAUUCACCUUCGAGAUGCGAUUAAUACUGAUGGAAAUGCACAGAAUGUCGGUCGGAUGACUAUUCUUCCAGCAACAUACAUCGGAAGCCCUCGGCAUAUGCACGAAUAUGCUCAAGAUGCCAUGUCGUAUGUUCGUCAUUAUGGUACAGCAGAUUUGUUCAUCACAUUUACAUGCAAUCCGCAAUGGAUAGAAAUCAAGCAGGAGUUAUUCUCUGGGCAAUCACCCAUUGAUCGUCAUGAUAUUACAGCCAGAGUCUUUAGACAAAAGUUGAAAUCAUUAAUGGAUUUCAUCGUAAAACAUAAUGUGUUUGGUGAGACACGCUGCUGGAUGUAUUCUGUGGAGUGGCAGAAACGAGGAUUGCCACAUGCACACAUUUUGAUUUGGUUGGUUGAAAAGAUAAGGCCAAAUGAAGUUGAUGCAGUGAUAUCAGCUGAAAUCAAACACAUGAUACAUGGUCCCUGUGGAACUCUUAAUCAAAAUUCACCGUGUAUGAUGGAUGGUAAAUGUUCAAAACGAUAUCCACGGACAUUAAUAUCGGAAACAAUUACUGGUAAUGACGGUUAUCCAUUGUAUCGUCGCAGGUCGACAGCAGACAAUGGAAAAUCAACAAUUGUCAAAUUAAAUCAACAAGAUAUUGAAAUAGAUAAUCGUUGGAUUGUUCCAUAUUCACCCAUUUUAUCAAAGACAUUCAAAGCACACAUCAACGUUGAAUCUUGCCAUUCAGUGAAAUCAAUUAAAUACAUUUGCAAAUAUGUAACCAAAGGGAGUGAUAUGGCUGUGAUUGGAAUUGGUGCAGAGAAUUCCAAUGAUGAAGUUACCCUAUACCAAAUGGGCCGCUAUGUCAGUAGUAAUGAAGCAGUUUGGCGAAUAUUUUCUUUUCCUAUUCAUGAGAGACACCCUUCUGUUGUUCACUUAGCUGUGCAUUUAGAAAAUGGACAAAGAUUGUAUUUUACAACACAGAACGCAGUACAAAGAGCUGCUCAGCCACCAUCUACUACAUUAACCAGUUUUUUUGAGACAUGCCAAAACGAUGAUUUCGCACAAACAUUGCUAUAUUCUGAAAUGCCAAAAUAUUAUACCUGGAAUCAAUCCUCAAGGAGAUUUAUACGACGGAAACAAGGAAAACCAGUUCCAGGAUAUACAGAUAUUUUUGGCUACAGGUGA